AUGGACAAAAUAGGCGACAAUGAGCCACCACACUUCAUCCCUCACAAGCCGAGUGGCCUGCCAAAUGCACGACCAAAUAUUGUCAUUUUCAUGCCAGAUCAACUCCGCUAUGAUGCAUUACACUGCUCCGGGAUGAACCCCAUAGUGAAAACGCCAAACAUCGACAACUUUGCCGCCCGAGGCGUACGAUUCACAGAGUGCUACGUUCAAGCCUCAGUCUGUACACAAUCUCGCUGUUCCAUGUUCACAGGACUAUAUCCGCAUGUUUCUGGUCAUCGGUCCUUGGAGAACCUCCUCAAACCAUGGGAGCCGAAUCUAUUCCGAUCGUUGAAGGAUGGUGGCUACCAUGUGGCUUGUAUGGCACCGCGAGGAGACCUGUUUGCUCCGACUGUUACUGAGCUGAGUUUGACCGAGUAUGGGUUUUUGGAACCGCCUGAGGUGACAAAAAUUAUUGGUGGGAUUGGGGAUGAACGGCCAGAGGAGGAGAUUACUAUCUGGGAGAGGUUGUUCUAUAAAGGGCGUCGUGAUGCGAGCAAAGCGGUUGAUUAUGACGAGUCUGCUAUUCGAAGUGCAGAGAAAUGGCUGGAUUGUCCUCCCGAUGACAAACCGUGGGUCCUGUUUUUGCCGUUGUUAUUUCCUCAUUGUCCAUUCACUGUGGAAGAGCCUUACUUCUCGAUGUAUAAACGCGAGGAUAUGCCCGUACCGUCUUCUCAUGAGCAACAGACAGGAUACGAGCCGCAAUAUAUGCAAAUGAUCCGCACUCGGUACGGAACUCAUCGCGCCACUCCAGAGAUCUGGGCCGAAGUCUCUGCAACCUACCACGGCAUGAUAUCACGACUAGACGAUCAGUUUGGCCGGAUAGUCAAGAAACUCGAUUCGAGUGGGCUCUGGGACAAGACGAUCACCAUGUUUUUCACCGAUCAUGGUGAGUACCUAGGAGAUCAUGGCCUCAUCGAAAAAUGGCCUAGUGGCUUGUCCGAAACUCUGGUUCGUGAGCCUCUAAUCAUCGGCGGUGGUGGCAUCCCCUCUGGUCUGGUUCGCAAUAGCAUGGCCGAGAUGGUCGAUCUGGUCCCCACCAUUCUUCAAAUAUGUGGAAUCGACGAGACUUUCCCACAUAAUGGCAAGUCGCUGCUACCAAACAUUUUGGAAGACAAGCCCCAUCGAGAAUUCGCCUUCUCAGAAGGUGGCUUCCUACUUUCGGAGGAGCCACUUCUCGAGCGAGCCUCGUUCCCGUAUGACCUCAAGUCCAAGUUGCAGCAUGAAGAUACACGAUUGGUGGGUAAGGCGAUAUCGAUGCGAGAUCAACGCUGGACGUAUAUCUAUAGGUUGUACGAACCAGCGGAGUUGUAUGACCGCAGCGCCGAUCCGUUGGAACUGCACAACCUGGCGGCUAAUCCGCGGUUUGUGCACCAGGCACGAUUCAUGGAGAGCCAGAUGUUCCGGUGGAUGGUGGAAACCAGUGACUUUUUGCCAUAUGCUAAAGAUGGCCGUUUCCCCAAGGUGGAUUUGCCUGAUCCCAAGGCCCUCUGGGGGAAGCGCAAAGAGGAACGGAGCAAUAGGCCGCGUGCAUUGUAG